CUGAAUUUUCACAUUCGCUUCAGUCUCCGCUUCGUCGUGGACCCGGGCGGACGUCCCGUUCGUUUCGAUCAAAAUCAUUUUAUAAUAAACCGUGUUUUGUGAAUAAAUACAACAUUGGUCCAACGUCCAACGUUAUUAAGCUGUCGGAGAAAAAAGCCGCCACCAUGUUCGGUAUACGUUCAUCCUGUAUUCUUCUCUACGCUCUAAUAAUGAUCCUUGUAAAUGUACACGGACAAACUGAAACUGAGGCACCUUCCACCACGAGUACGAAACCACCGCUGACAACGGUAGCUUCUACUACCGUGACUUGGGAAACUGAAACCCUGAACGAGGGUCAGGCGAUACAGAAGGCUUUACAAUAUUUGCUGCAACAUAGACAGCCCGAUUGGGGAUGGGGGAACGACACCCAUCACGUCAUGCUUACCUUACAGUUAGCAAAUAACACAGGCAAAGAGAUUGAACAACAGGGCCUAGAAAUGCAACUGUCAGCUAAACAAAUGGAGAUUGAGAUACUGCUCAUGAUGUCGAAGCACCACGAGUCCCCGCCGCCGCUGAGCCGGCUGGCGGCGUACACGCUGGCGCUGGGCGCGCUGUGCAAGGACCCGCGCUCGUUCCACGGGCGGGACCUCGUGACGGCGCUGCUGCACCGCGAGCCGCCGCACGACCUGGAGUUCGCGUACGCCACGCUCGCCGCCUGCUCGUCCGCCGCGCACGUGCGGCGCCGACACAUCCGCCGCCUGCUGGACAUCGCCAACGCCGCGGCCGACCAUAGUCUCGAUACAAUUUCAAUGGUUAUCUUGGCACUGCGCUGCGUUGUACAAGAUCAUCGUCACCGAAGUCUGAUACAUUUCGUGCGACGGCCGAUGGCUGGUCUGGCGCGGCAACAACAUCCCGACGGCAGCUUCGGUACUUUAACUACAACAGCGUUAGCUAUACAGGCUCUCGAAGACUCCGACAACGGCCCUGGAGCUCACCAGCACUGGAGUCUCCCCGCUGCAAGGAAAUGGCUGCUCGAGCGACAGGAGCCUGACGGUGGUUGGGGAGAUGUGGCAAAAACCGCCGCAGCAGUUGCAGCGCUUACUCCUGCAUCCCUUGCUGCUGUACGACCGCCGCAUUGCAGCGAUAAGUUGCUGGAUAGUCGGCAUGAACCACUAGAUAACAAUGGCGGAGAUGGUAGCUUGAAGUUGGCGUACCAGGCAGGUCACUCGAGCAACGAUUCUGAUGCUCGAAAUGUCUCCUUCACUUACACGCUCUGGCUUGGAACCAAUGUCACUGAAAAUUAUACUUUAUAUAUGAUAGCUCCAAGGAACAUAUCUUUCUAUCACGUGAUGCAAAUGGCUGCAGAACAGGACCCAAAGUUUAAAUUUGAAGCUAGUGAAUGGCCUAAUGGUCAUUAUGUACACACUCUGGCUGGCCAUAAGGAGGAACCCAUGGGCUACCAUUACUGGUUGCUCUACCGCCUGCCCGAGAUACCCGACCCUGUCAGCCCCCCUGGAAACCAACUGGUUGCACCUGUCGGUGUCGACGAUUUGCUCGUUGAAGACGGAGAACAUUAUCUGUUCUGGUACAAGAAGCUGUAAUUUUUAUCUUAGAGUUUUCUUUGUCAAAUUGUGAUUUAAUAUUUAAGCCAUUGAAAAAAAAACCAUUUUCAAUACAAUGUUCAAGGUAUAGAGUACCUUUAGAUGAGAAGACGCGUAGAACAUCUACAUUUAGCUUAGUCGUAUCUACUUUAAUUCUCUCGUAUAGUUACAACCUUCAAAAUACCAAUAGUUUUGAUAGUAAUCAACUUUAAAAUAUGUAGGAAUAUAUAAUACAUUUAAAUUAACUUAUUCAAGUAAUAAUUCAAACUAUUUACUAGAAGAAUUAGUAAUAAGUACUAAUGUGUAUUCGAUAUAAAACCUUUUUUCUGUAUUUUGUAAUUCACAGACAAUUUAGUGUUGCUAAGCUGAAGUUUUCCUAUAUAAACAAUUCACCUGUAAGGAUCAAUAGGUACGAGCACUUUUAAAUAUGCAUGCAAUAGAAGAAAACGUAUAAUAAAAUGAGAAAUAUGAUCAAAUCUUAAAAAUAUACGGCCUUACUUAUGAAUGUUAUUUAGCGGGUGAUUAGUUCAAUAAUGCUGUCUUCUUUUACCGAAUGUCAAAUCAUUAAUGACAGAAAGAGCGAAAUCAUUGUCCAACUGAACAUCCGUUAAGCAAAGUUUAUAAGUAAGGGCGAUAUUGUUUUAUAGAUUUAGAUUACCAUUCCAACGUUGCGAGAAACAUAUAAGUAAUCGUACAAUAUUUUCAUUGCACAGUUUGAAUGAAAAAGAUGAAGAUGAAAACGGUGCGAUUAUUAUAUCUUUAAUAAAUGUCUUCUUCUUGGAUUGACAUUUUUGUUUAUUUUUUUUUAACGGCUGUGAAUACUAGGUCUUUGCAGCCGGUCUUAAUCGAAAAUAGUACUUCUCCAAUGUUGUCAUAUCGUAAUAAAAUGAUCUGUUUUUGAUGUUGAAUAAUUAUUAACGUACCAUUAUGGUGAUACACAUUUUGCUUCUCAAAAAAAUUUGGAACAAACUAGAUACGUAAUUAUUUGCACUUAAACACAUCUAGUUAAUAACAUUCCAUGUAUACGUAUUUUAAAACUAUUUUAAUCAUGACAAAUAUUUAGGUGUUGCCAUCAUCAGACAUAAUAUCAUAUGUCAAAUAUUCGAAUUUCUCGAGAAAUAUAUUAAAAAAAAAUCAAAACAUAUUCGUAUGACUUUCCAAAACAUAAUUCUUAUUUCAUUAACUUUAAAAAUGUUUUAGCAAUGUAAAAAUAGCUUCAUAAUUAAGGUUUACAUUAAUGCGCAAUCUAACAUAGAUUAACUCUUUUAAUGUAAUCAUGUUAGGAGACUGAGCGACACGAGCGUCACAAGUACAUUAGCGUAACAUUUUUAUUAUAACUACUGAAUGGUUCUUAAUAAAUAUUGAAAUUA